AUGGCUUAUAACUUCAACAACGUCGCCAGCAACAUCCAGCCGUCCUCAGCCCAAUCUCAGUCUAACCAGACCGUUCCCAUCAGUUUGAGUAACGUCGGAUCUCAGGUUGCUAUCCUAAGAAUUGAAGCAGGGGAAAGCUCAAAAUCUUCUUUUUUAAAUCAAAACUUCUUGAAAAUUUAGUGAAACAAAGUUUUUCAAAGGAAUUCAUUUUGAUGUUGUUUCUGCACAUUUCGACAGCUUUUUAUCAUUUUGUGGUUCAAACAGAUAAAUUUACCGGAAUGGAUUGAAAAUCUGCAAAAACUAUUCUAGUCUAAUCUAUAAAAAACCCCUUUUCCAUAAAUGCAAAAAAUAUUUCGGACAAUCAUCAAAUGUUCCAGCUUUCGACAUCGGGUCGCACUCAACAGACCCAAGUGAAUACCGUUACUGGAGCGCCAAUGUCUGCAAAUUACUUCGAUCCCAAACAAUCUCAAGCCAGCAAUCUCUCCAGUGCGUCUGCUUCGAGUAUUCAAAGCCAAAGCCAGCAGACUGCAAGCUUCGCUGCAGCGGGGCUUUCUGCCAGAAGUCAGCAAGCGAAAAAUGUCGCUAGAUCAACAACUAAAAGUUACUUUGACCCCAUCAACGCCAAAACCAACGACGUGGCUGCGGUAUCUCCGACGUCCAACUACGGAUACGAGGUCUGACUUUUGAUCAUAAUAAUUUAUUCCCAGAUCUGUGAGAACCCCUGAAGAAGUCACUUUGAUGCAAAAUAUAAGAAAGGACAUAAUACAGUCUUGGAGAAAAUUAUGAGAAGUAAUGGUUCAAAGGUGAUCGAUCAGUGACUUUUUAUGAGCUCGAGGUGAUGAUUGAACUGAGAUCAUAAUUGUUCCAAGUAGGAAUUUUUCGGAACAAAUUUAGCAGAAAAAUCACUUUAAGAACGCAGUCGAAGUUUCAAUUGGAACUCAAAUUACUUAAAUCGAGGGUUCUAUAUCCACUGUUUGAUGAAAUUGCCAACUCUUGCAAAAACUAUUCCCAGAACCUGCAAGAACUGCUGCCUCCAACCAGCAAUAUUGCUUCGGUCAAUCCAACCCAGAGUCCUCAGUCUAUCAACAACAACGUUGCUGCAUCCCCGAGUUCUGCAAAAAACUUUGACCCCAAUCGAGCUCCAGUCAACAAAGUGCCUGUAGCUUUUGGAGCUUGCAAAUCGCCGACGACAAACUAUGAGGUCUGCGGAUUGCAAUACCUGAUGAAAUCCCAUCUUCCCAGAACCUGCAAGAUCUACUGGAUCAAACCGAAAAGCUCGCAGUGACUUCAGCUUCCAGAAGUCAGAGCCCAAGUUCUCAGCCUAUCUCUAACAAGCCAGCUGUCACACCAAUUUCUGCGAAGAACUUGGACCUCUACCAGACUCAAUUCACCAAAGCGCCUGCGCCACCAACUUUUUCGAAUCCCAAAUCUCCGACGACGACCUCUGAGGUAAGGCUUUCUGACUCCACUAUCAAGGAUAAAAAUCAAUCAUUUUCAGAACAAUCAACAGACGCUCAGCACAAUUUCGUAUUUCUCUCUAGUCAACAAAGACGCCGUACCGCAAAAGAACAAUAAUUUUCAGGUCUGAUCCAUUCGAAAGUUCAACUACCUAGACUAACAAGGAAUUUCAACUUUCGGUCUUUAAAUUCAGGGUUUCCAAGCUCAGAACGCUUCGAUGGCUCCUCCAAAUGCGGCUCCUUCUAGCGAGGCUCGCUCCGCAUUUGUGAGCCCUUUUUAUGUUUACAAAAUUCGUAUUUUUUAUUUUUAGCAUCUUCUCUUGACACUGUCGCCCGCAAGUCCGUCCCAGACCAGCGACUAUAAAAAGAAGGUCUAAUUAAAAUAUUUUCCAGUUUUUUUGAAUGAGAAAUUCAGGAUGUGUCAGCCGCUAAUGUUCCUCGGGACACCGCACAAAACCCUUACUUGGUGAGAAGUUCGAGCUAUUCUUAGUGUUUCUUCUUUAAAAAAUCAUAUUCUAGAUGUCCUUGGCUUUUUUUCAGACACAAUACAAGUAG